AAUUGAGCGAGAAACAUACAGAAAAAAAAUACGUCAUUUAUCGCGCAUCGUAGUCGUAGAUCGCCAUUGUUCCUUGUCAUCAAAAAAACACAGAAGUGAAGUGUCUUUUUCACAGACAUCAAAUUUCAAUAGUACAGAAAAUAGUGAAUUAUAAUUUUUAAUUAUUUUCUAAGUGUAUCAUUGUUUAAAACUUAUUUAAAACCGCGUUAUAAAUAACCGAAUUUAGUGAAAAUGUCGGCUAUGAGUCCUGAAUAUGAUUACUUGUUCAAACUUCUUUUGAUUGGUGAUUCUGGUGUUGGCAAAUCUUGUCUCUUGCUGCGAUUCGCCGAUGAUACAUACACAGAAAGCUAUAUCAGUACUAUUGGCGUUGACUUUAAAAUUAGAACCAUCGAACUUGAUGACAAAACGAUAAAGUUGCAGAUAUGGGAUACUGCUGGGCAGGAGCGUUUUAGAACCAUCACAUCGUCUUAUUAUCGUGGAGCCCAUGGUAUUAUCGUAGUGUACGAUUGUACAGACCAAGAAUCAUUCAGUAAUGUUAAGCAAUGGCUGGAAGAAAUCGAACGUUACGCAUGCGAAAAUGUGAACAAGCUGCUGGUUGGAAACAAAUGCGAUUUAACUACAAAGAAAGUGGUUGAUCAUACAACGGCAAUGGAAUAUGCCAAUCAGUUGGGAAUCCCAUUCCUUGAGACAUCCGCCAAAAAUGCAACUAACGUUGAACAAGCAUUCAUGACUAUGGCGGCCGAAAUCAAGAAUCGUGUUGGACCACCGUCGAGUGCAACCGAAACGGCUAGCAAAGUGAAAAUCGAUCAAGGUCGUCCGAUUGAAAACACCAAAUCUGGGUGCUGCUGAAUGCAUACAGCAUAUUAAUAAAAUAUUUCCUUCACUUUCCCCCCAAAAAAAAUUAUAUUUAAAUUGAUGCAAAUGAUAAACAACAGCAUAAAAAAAGGAUUCCCUCAUUUUGUAAUGAUUAAAGAAAUUUUUUAUUUAAUUGAAGAAAAAAAACAACAAACAAACAAAAACAAAAUGCGAAAUUAAUAUCGAGAGAAAAAAAUCAAUUGAUCCAUUGCCGUCAAUACGUUCACCAUAUACACACAUACACAAACUACGAAAAAAUCAGCAAAAUAUCACUCAAACACACACGAGACAAAGAUUUAACAAACAAACAAAAAAAAAAAUAGUAAAAAAA